GCGCUGCUCUGGCCGCUUCCGGGGUGGGGGGGCCAGGGGUUGGGGGGGUUGGUCCUUGCUUGCAGCCUUGCGGAGGCCGUGUAAGCCGGGGCCGCAGCCGCGGGAGGGAUUGGAAAGAUAGAAGCUAAGGAGCUUCUUCCUGACCCUGCCCAGACCCGAGUGUCGGGUUGGGACAGCUGAAGACACUAAGGGAGCUCCUUAGGGAUGUCCCUUGCAGGGAUGAAGGGUGUGUCACACUUUGCCAUUUUCCGUUGGGAAAGAAGGUGGCUUUCGGUGGUGGGACUCCCUACUUCGAUCCUGAGUUAAGAAUUUGGUGCUCUUAAAAAUGGAGCCUCUGGGUGUGGUCAGAUGAGUUUCUUGAGCCCUGUCUGGCCUCAGUCCCAGAAGGUGGAGGAUGGAAAAAGUGUCCUGAGGCCUCAGGUAGGGGAAGGGCGAGGUCAAGGUCAGCCUCCUGGAGGGGUUCGAGGUUUGAAUCCCACCCUGAGUGAAAUGGAGAACUUUUGUGCCCCUGACCCCAGGGACCCGAGUGGAGGUGUCCCUCCCGAAGUGCCCCAUGCUGAAGACUCCUUGCUGUUCCUGCCCCUGCCCUGGCUGCUGGUGUGAUGAGUAACACGACAGCACCCAGUGCCCCGAGGGCUGUCAGCGACUCCAUGGUGGGCUAUGUGCUCGGCCCCUUCUUCCUCAUCACCCUAGUAGGGGUGGUGGUGGCUGUGAUGAUGUACAUCCAGAAGAAGAAGCGGGUGGACAGGCUCCGGCACCACUUGCUGCCCAUGUACAGUUAUGACCCCGCAGAAGAGUUGCAUGAAGCUGAGCAGGAGUUGCUCUGUGAGGUGGGGGAUCCCAAGGUAGUCCACGGCUGGCACAGUAGUUACCAGCACAAACGGAUGCCCCUGUUGGAUGUGAAGACAUAAACUAGGGAAAAGCCCCUCACUGCCUGUUACAGGAGCUCAAGUUGCUCAUUUCUGUCCAGAGGCUCCCCUAAAUCCUUUACCCAGCAGUAGGACCCACAACAGUCCGUGGCUAUGGAGGAGCCUGGGAUCUCUAUCCCACCAAGGGACCCUACUACCGUGCUUCUCUCUGGGCAGACUUGCCCAUAGCAUCUCUUGGCCAACCCUAAAAUUGGAGGGACAUGGAGCAGCCUGUCCCCUCCCAAGUAUUCUCCCAGCAUGCUCCUUUGCCCUUGCUAUCAGGUGCUGGGUUAUGGUUUCCUAGGGAGGGAUUUGUAGAAGUCCUGUCUCUGGGGAUGGCUUUGUUUAUAUUAUACAGUAUAUAUUUUGUAAAUAAAAUGUUUUGUGGAUGAGUA